AUGGGGAAUAGAGGAAGUAGAACUGUGAAUACCAGAAGAGUCGAACAGAAGGAAAUCCCAAUAAUCAAGUCUUAUAAUAACAUUAAGAAAGAAACAAUUUGCUUAAAGAAGACUUACAAGGAGAGUGACGACAUUUAUUCUUUAGGGUUUAACUUCUCUUGAACUAGUGAUGCUUUGAUCACGAUAUACCUUUGCUGUACUGAAUUCAGAUCUAAGGAUCCUUCCUGCCCACCAGUGUAUUUCCACACACCGGAUUAUGUUCCGGUAAGACCUAUGAGUUAUAAGUUCUCCGAAGGGAAUAAGCAGACUUUCCCAGAGAGGGCAUUCACAAUUGAUUUCUCCAAGUUCAGUGAAGAGGAUGUGAAUAGCUAUAUUGAAGGUGAAUAUUAUCCAAUUAUUAUUACUAUUGAGGCAGACUACCCUCAGCCAAUCAGAAAUGACCUCAGGUUCUACCGUGAGAACAAGAGACAAGCUCAGAUAACAUAUGGCUACUUCAUGAAAAAUAGUAGCGGGGAGUAUAAUUUCCUUAUCUCCAAACAAUGAUUCCUAUUUAGAGAUAAAAUAUUUAGGGUAGAAGAUAUUUACGGAUUUGAGAAACAUGACGAUACUGGUGUAGAAGUAUUCGAUGACUCCCAAAAGGAAUGAGUCAUAUGAUACUCCAAUAUAAAAGAUACCAUUGUAUAUCCCUGUAGACACAUUUGCCUUUGUGCCCAAUGCACUCAGGUAGUCAGAAUGCAAAACUCGAAAUGCCCUAUAUGCAGAGCUCAAGCGGAUAAGUUUAUAACAGUGAAUGUGAUCAAAGACUGAAUUAGCUCCCCUGGAGAAGAUGAAGGUUUCAUUCCAAGAAUUAAUAGUUAA